UUUCUGCUCACAACGUAUUAAAACAACCAAUCUGAUAUAAUAUUUGUUUGAACAUAUAAUUUCACUGUAUUGCUUACAAACAUUGCCUACCUUUCUGAUAACUGAAACCACAAUCAAUGCUAUCUGCUGAUGUUCAUUACAAAGAAUCAUCUCAAACCACAAUCAAAUGCUAUCUGUUGAUGUUCAUACAAAGAAUCAUCUCAAUGUCUUUUAAGCUUCGACUUCAACUUGCUGGGGAACAUGUUCAGGUGGUACAAGCAACCCGAGACCCGUUCUAGUGUCGGGAGCUAAAAGAGAAUUCGGAUUCGACGUGACUAUACGCAGACCAGAGUCCUUGCAGAUCUCCAAAACCGCAGGGGUUCCAUCGGAACAUCCCUUGGACAUGCCAACAUCGAUCCUAAUGGCUUUAUUACCACAAACACCGUUGAUGCCAGCAUCCUGGAUCGUGUGUCCCAUGAUCAUCCUCUUAACACCAGGGAUGGUGGAAAGAGCAUGCUCAAGAGCUGAACAAUCACAUCUGUGAGCCAUCUCAUCUGAGAAUUUCCUCAACCAAACCACAGAGUUGCCUCCUCUACAGUACCCAGGCGCAUACUUUGCUCCUCCUCUCGACCCGUUGAUCCAACCCGUAACCUCCUCGUUGAUCUUCUCCAGUCCAUACUCUAUGUGCUCGGCCAAAAGACCUCCGUGAACAAACACCGAAUCACCAACAACAGCAACAGUCUGGUUCCUAGACAGGAACCUCUUUGCGAUCGGACCUUGAGGUCUCAGUGCAGCGAUCCUAGCCCUGAGUCCUUCAAAGCAGUCUGCUCUAGCUCGAGGGAAGCUCAUCGGAAUCCCUUGGUAUGGAUCAUCGGGUUUCUCAAGACCUCUGCACAAGCUCUUCAUCUUGUUCCCUAAGCAAUACCAAUCUAACCAAGCCUUGAAUUCCUCUAAACCUUUCUUGGUCACAUACCUAAAGUCACCUUCCACGUUCAUGAUCUCAUGGUUCCCGUUCAUAGUCACUACCUUACCUCCUGAUCUCUCCGCCUCUCGCUUCAGCUUCUCCAGGAAAUAUAGAAUCUUUAGCUCCUCUCCGCCUCGAUCCAACACGUCUCCGACCUGAACAACCACCGUGGAUCCACCCGUCCACUUAUCCGACGAAUCAAUCAAUCCGGCGAUCAUGAAUGCUUCCCUCGACUUCUCCAGAUCCCCAUGGAGAUCGCCGAUUGCAACCAGACGCUCCGGCUUCUCCAGCCUCGUUUGCGGAAUCUCAUUCUCUGGGCUAUGAUCUUUUGGCAAGAAGAUGCCGCAGAAGGAGUAGUCAACGAAGGUGUCGACGAAGGAAGAUAUGAGAUUCGGAAUGUCUUUGCAGAUUCCGCUAGGGUUCUCUCUGCUUGACAUUUCCCGGUCAAGACACAACGCGCUCUCGUUCUCGACGAGGAAGAAGCUUCUGAUUUCGACUGUAACUGUUUCAAUGGCGAGACUUUAAGCCCAAUUGAAACAAAAACUCUGCUUUCGAGUAAAAAUGGGGCCUUUUUCUGGCCCAUAUCUCAACAAGUGACAAUGAAUCCAACCAAACUUUUUUUCCGACGAUCAUGAGUCACGCAACUUCAUAAGCACCUCCAAAGGAUUUGAAUUUGAUCAUUUAAGGUACACACAAGAGGUUUUGUGAAGAAAGACAUGGUUGCUGCGGCGAAAGAGAAGAAGUUCCUGACGGUUGCACCUUUCGAGUGUGCUUGGAGUGAUGACCUCAAGUUCCGGGAAGCGGGAAGAGGCUGCGUUGCGUUUGAUGCGUUUGCUCACAACGAUGUCACGGUUGUGUUCAGGGAGAAUGUUGGGAGUCAGCAUUACCACUAUAAGAAAGACAAUAGUCCUCAUUACAUUGUCAUCAUUGGUAGCAAUAGGAACCGUAGGCUGAAGAUUCAGGUCGAUGGGAGAUCUGUUGUCGAUGAGGAGUCUUCUGGUCUCUGUCGUUGCUCUUUGGAGUUCGAGAGCUACUGGAUCAGUAUCUAUGAUGGGUUGAUUAGCAUCGGGAAAGGUCGGUAUCCGUUUCAGAACCUGGUGUUUCAGUGGCAAGACCCCAAGCCCAAUUGUAAUGUUCAGUAUGUUGGUCUGAGCAGCUGGGAUAAACAUGUUGGAUAUAGAAACGUGAGUGUGUUUCCUGUGACACACAAUCAUAUCUUGCUGUGGAAUCAAGUGGAUUGCCGUGAAGUUAAAGGAGGUGAGCCUGGUGAUGAGAAGUUCGUGGAGGAAGGGAUGGGGAAUGGUUAUGAACAAUGGGGGCUCAGUAAUUUUCUGGAGAGUUGGGAAUUAUCUGACACGAUCUUUCUUGUUGGUAAAGAGGAAAUGGAUGUUCCUGCUCACAAGUGUAUCUUACAAGCAUCGGGUAGUUUUCCUUUGAGCUCUUCAGAAGGAGAUGUGAUUCAACUUCGUGGAGUAUCGUACCCGAUUCUUCAUGCGCUUCUCCAAUAUAUCUAUACGGGUCGAACUCAGAUUUUGGAAUCAGAACUUGCUCCAUUGCGGGAUUUAAGUUCUAAUUUUGAAGUGAUGACAUUGGUGAGACAGUGUGACGAAAACAUAGACCGCUUGGAACUAAGCAACGGAGCAUCUGAUCCCUGCAAGAAAGUCAAACUCUCGUGUCCUGUUUCUCACCCCUUAUCUGGUUUUAUGUUCCCAACUGCUUUUCCUGCUGAUGUGGGUAAGCUGAAAAUGUUGUACUCAACGGGCGAGUACAGUGACGUAAAAAUAUGUCUCAGUGACCAUGGUCUCACUUUUCAAUCUCACAAAGUCAUUCUAAGUCUUUGGAGUGUCGCAUUUGCAAAGAUGUUUACAAAUGGGAUGAGCGAAAGCCAUUCGUCAACGAUUUACUUAACCGAUGUAUCACCAGAAGCAUUCAAGGCUAUGAUUAGUUUCAUGUAUAGCGGAGAGUUGAACAUGGAAGACACUGUGAAUUUUGGUACCGAUCUGAUCCAUCUACUCUUUCUAGCUGACCGGUUUGGAGUUGUUCCGCUUCAUCAAGAAUGCUGCAAAAUGCUCCUGGAGUGUCUCUCAGAGGAUUCUGUAUGCUCAGUUCUCCAAGUGGUUUCAUCUAUCUCGUCAUGUAAAGUCAUUGAGGAGAUGUGCAAGAGGAAGUUCUCCAUGCACUUUGACUAUUGUACCACUGCAAGUUUGGACUUUGUCCUGUUAGAUCAGACUGCUUUCAGUGAUAUUCUUGAGUCUGCAGAUCUGACAGUGACAUCUGAGGAAAAGAUUCUUGAUGCCGUUCUCAUGUGGUGCAUGAAAGCUGAAGAGUCGCACGGUUGGGAAAUUGUAGAUGAGCUAAUGAACUACUCUAGUCCAGAAAUUUUGUUCAAAGAAAGGCUUCAGUCACUUGAUGACCUGUUGCCUCAUGUCCGCUUCUCUCUGUUGCCAUAUGAGUUACUUGAGAGGUUAGAAAACAGCAACCUUAGCAGACAAAUCCCAGUAUUUAAUCGGCUUGUGAAGGAGGCUACUAGCUUUCUGGCUUCCAGAAUGACAUGCCCAGGAAAUGAACCGAUGUUCCAACACCGGAGAUCGAGUUUCAAGGAACUUCAAUACAUACGUGAUGGGGAUAGCAAUGGGGUGCUGCACUUUGUUGGUACAUCUUAUGGGAGUCAUCAAUGGGUCAACCCCGUUCUCGCAAAGAAAAUCACCAUUACAUCCAGCAGCCCCACUUCCAGGUUCACUGAUCCGAAGGCUUUAGCUUCAAAAGCCUACGUGGGUACUUCCUUUGCAGGGCCUAGGAUGGAAGAUGACCAUAUAUCUUCCUGGUGGAUGGUAGACUUAGGCGAAGAUCAUCAGCUUAUGUGCAACUACUACACUUUUAGACAAGACGGCUCAAGAGCAUACGCAAGAUCCUGGAAGUUUCAGGGAUCAAUGGAUGGGAAAACAUGGACGGACUUGAGAGUUCAUGAGAAUGACCAAACAAUGUGCAAGGCCGGUCAAUUCGCAUCGUGGCCAAUCACAGCAGCAAAUGCAUUGCUUCCCUUUAGGUUUUUCAGGCUGGUUCUGACCGGUCCAACCACAGACACAUCAACUCCUUGGAACUUUUGCAUUUGCUACUUGGAACUCUACGGUUACUUCCGUUGAAACCACUUACUCAAACGGCCUUUUGACUGUCACUACUACACACGUGUGUUUUUUUUUUACCUUUUUUUCUUUUGUUCUUGUAGCGACAGUGUGAUCUUUGUAUCUGAAAAGACUAUUCACAGAAGAUUUUCAAUGGUUUUAAUUCGAAAGUGUUUCUCAAGAAACGUUAAAGCUGAUUCAUAAUUGGAUUGUUUUGAUUUUCGUA